CCAUGUGACUGAUCACAUGACGGUGACAUCAUCGCAGGUCCUGUACACGGCUCCUCUACAGAUACAGUAUAAAAGACACCUGUCCACAACCUCAAACAGUCACACUCCGGACUUCACUAUGGCCAAGACCAAAGAGCUGUCGAAGGACACCAGAAACAAAAUUGUAGACCUGCACCAGGCUGGGAAGACUGAAUCUGCAAUAGGCAAGCAGCUUGGUGUGAAGAAAUCAACUGUGGGAGCAAUUAUUAGAAAAUGGAAGACAAACAAGACCAUUGAUAAUCUCCCUCGAUCUGGGGCUCCACGCAAGAUCUCACCCUGUGGUGUCAAAAUGAUCACAACGAUGGUGAGCCAAAAUCCCAGAACCACUCGGGGGGACCUAGUGAAUGACCUGCAGAGAGCUGGGACCAAAGUAACAAAGGCUACCAUCAGUAACACACUACGCCGCCAGAGACUCCGCUGCCUCUCUGGUUUAGAAUUUCCUGAGGAUGAGGAGAGCGUCCAUACCGAAACACGUGCUACUUCUUCCGAAUCGGAGUGGAGCUUUGUACAAGAUGCAGAACAGGAACCUACUGACCAACCCACCAACACUUCCGGUUUAGAAUUUCCUGAGGAUGAGGAGAGCGUCCAUACCGAAACACGUGCUACUUCUUCCGAAUCAGAGAGGAGCUGUGUACAAGAUGCAGAACAGGAACCUACUGACCAACCCACCAACACUUUCGGUUUAGAAUUUCCCAAGGAUGAGGAGAGCGUCCAUACCGAAACACGUGCUACUUCUUCCGAAUCGGAGAGGAGCUGUGCAAUUCCCGACAGCGAGGACAGGCUGGUAAACAUGGGAUGGUGUAGGUGUCACAAUUGCAACUUGAUGCCAUCGGUAGAAGAAAGCAUUUGUUGUUGUGAGUUCCAAAAUAUUAUCCAGUUCAAACAACAACAUGAAUGUGUUGUAUUUCAUCCUGAAGUAUCAAGAUUGGUUCUAGAUGGCCGACUCCUAAGACACCAUAUAGACAUGGCGAACCUGGUCCCUUAUAAAGACAUGCAGAAAAAUCCAAAUGUGCACCUCCGUUGGCAUGCUUACCGGUCUUUUUCCGCCCUAAUCAAUGGCCAUUUAGGCAAGGGGAACCGCGUUCCCAUUCCGUCGUGUGUCGGCAAUGCCAUUCGCCGACAGUUUCCUGAUCCAAAUGGGAAAUACACCGGCUUCAAUUGGAUUUGGGAUUAUAAUUCACUUCAAACACCAAGAGGUCAGAAUUUCUGAACGUGUUUUAUUUGUUUGUCAAUGAAACAAGAUUGCAUUUACUUUACCCAAAUAUUGUUUGACACGUUGCCCUAAGGCAGUAU